ACAGCAUCUCCACACACUGAAGCAACAUGAACCUCAGAGCCUCUAUCUCCCUUCUGGUGCUGCUGCUUGGCCUGUCCAAGGCUCUGCCUCUCACGGCUGAUGUUGAUGAAGAUGACAUUUUCCUAGAGGAGCCUAACAGUGUGGACUUGACCACACAGAUUUUGACUACCAACAAUGCUUCCAGUGAAUUUCUAAUUGAGGGAGAUCUUGUGGUGCCAAAAAACAGGAAUGCUAUGGCUUGCUGGAACAAUUACUGCUUAUGGAAGAAGUCUGCUAAUGGGAAAGUUGAGGUCCCUUACAUAGUGAACCCUGAAUUCUCUUACUAUGAAGUGAGGAAAAUUCAAAAUGCCAUGGCGACCUUCAGCAGCAAAACCUGUGUAAAGUUUGUUCCUCGCUCACGUCAACGCAACUACCUCAGCAUUGAGAACAAGAGUGGGUGCUUCUCUAACCUUGGCAGGACAGGAGGCAGACAGGUGGUCUCUCUCAACAGGUACGGCUGUGUUUACCACGGCAUCAUUCAGCAUGAACUUCUCCAUGCUCUGGGCUUCCAUCAUGAGCAGACCAGAAGUGACAGAGACCAGCAUGUGAGAAUCAACUUUGAAAAUAUCAACCCACGAAUGGUUUCCAACUUUCAGAAACAACGCACCAACAACCUGAACACUCCAUAUGACUACUCAUCUGUGCUGCAUUAUGGGAGCACUGCUUUCUCAAUCAAUGGAAGGGAGACAAUCACUCCAAUUCCAAACCCAAAUGUGAAAAUUGGACAGAGACGAGGAAUGACAUCCAUUGACAUCCAGAGGAUCAACAAACUGUAUGGAUGCUAAAAAGUUCAAACUGAUGCUGUCCCUAUUCCCACUAAUGCUGGAACCACCA